UGCUGCACCAUUCGCGCAACAACAUAGUGCGAGCGAGAAAAUUGGUGUUCGUUGUUAGUCGUUUUUUGUCGUUCCGAGUGAGUUGAAUGUAAGUUCAACAGCCAACACUAAGUACACUGUGAGCGACGCUGCGUAUUCCGAUUCCUCUUACUUUAAAUUCAUUUUGUCUGCUGUCUAUCAACUGCAAUAGAGCGUGCGUGGAUUUAGAACGACACACACACACUCUACACACACACACCAUAAACAAAUUAUAUAUUUAAUAUUAGUUUUGAGUAACUAAAACAACAAACAGCAAAAAUGUCGACAGUCGAUAAGGAAGAGCUGGUCCAGAAGGCAAAAUUGGCCGAGCAGUCAGAACGCUAUGAUGACAUGGCCCAGGCCAUGAAAUCAGUCACAGAGACGGGCGUCGAGCUGUCAAAUGAGGAAAGAAAUCUGCUCUCCGUUGCCUACAAAAAUGUUGUGGGAGCGCGCAGGUCAUCGUGGCGUGUCAUUUCCUCCAUUGAGCAGAAAACCGAAGCAUCCGCCAGAAAACAGCAGCUCGCCCGCGAGUACAGAGAGCGUGUGGAGAAGGAGCUUAGAGAAAUUUGCUAUGAAGUUCUGGGACUUCUGGACAAAUAUCUUAUUCCAAAAGCCAGCAAUCCAGAAAGCAAGGUUUUCUAUCUGAAGAUGAAGGGAGAUUAUUACAGGUAUUUAGCUGAGGUUGCCACAGGAGAUGCACGCAACAACGUCGUUGAGGACUCGAAAAAAGCUUAUCAGGAGGCAUUCGAUAUUGCAAAAACAAAAAUGCAGCCAACACAUCCAAUCAGAUUAGGGCUUGCACUCAACUUUUCCGUCUUCUAUUACGAAAUUAUCAAUUCACCAGCGAGGGCUUGUCAUUUAGCUAAACAGGCAUUCGAUGACGCGAUAGCCGAGCUGGACACACUCAAUGAGGACUCCUACAAAGACUCAACACUCAUCAUGCAAUUGUUGAGAGAUAACCUGACCCUCUGGACGUCCGAUACCCAGGGUGACGGUGAUGAACCACAGGAGGGCGGUGACAACUAACCAAACAACUAAAACGUUUCCUUUUGACUAUGCAGAUAUUCAGUAAUAACAAAAAACCAAGAAAAACUAUACAAAACAAUACAUACAAACCAACAAACAACAAUUACAACAAAUCCUUGAAGUCGAAGAAAAAAAUACAUCAAUGCAGGCAAUAGAUAACAGCAGUAUAUAUUGUAAUAAUAUCUAGCAACAACAAGAACAACACUACAAGAGCAUCGCCAAAAAAGAAAACAAUUGAAAAACAAACAAAAAAAAAAAUGAAAGCAAGCAGCAAAAACUGUUUGAAAUUAGUGCAGGGAUUGGAUGAAU